UUUUUCCAAUUUCCUUUCCAAAUCAACUUCGCGCCUUCGUCACAGUUUCUUCCCUUGGUUCAUUCUCCAAUAUGCUUGGAUACAAUGACCUCUCUGUUGCUACUGUGGCCGGUGUGAUUGCAGCUGGCGUGUUUGCUGCUCAAUUCCUUGCUCCUUCGCUUUUGACAUUGAUCCUGGUCGGUUUCCUGAAACAAGAAGACACGGCAGCAACAUGGUCCGUCAUAGGUCGAAAUUUACAUGCGUCGCACUGGCCUGUACUAUUGCGAACGGAUACAGCGGGAGUCGAUGGAGUGCGCCGAAGCGUCAAUGUAAUCACUGCUUUCCAGUUGUUCGUGUUCCUUCUCAUAUCAGUUUCUUCUAUCGUCACGCCACUUGGGUUGUAUGAGACUGUCGCGCCGCAAAAGGAUCUAAAAGAGCAGCCUUUCCAUUAUGCCAAAGACAGUACGUCACUAGGAAUUGGCACUAUGGCCAGGCGCAAUGACUUCGGACUCUCCAGAUAUUGUGGCGACGUACAGCCAUUCGUGUGUCCCUGGUCUAAUACCACAAUCAUCAGAGCGACAAAUUCUACUAACCCUACCAACGUGACAUUUCCUGGCGGCUAUGAUAGGCGCCUGCCCAUAAACAUUACAGAAGUUUACACCGCUGGUUUCAAUACCUUGGACAAAACGGUUUCAAGUGCCCUUGAUAUCCAAUGGCGUACUUACCAACAAAUGCAGACAGAACCGGGUGGUCAAAAGGGGCAGCCAUAUAUUGGUGGGAAUUACAGACACCUGCAACAGGUGCUUUUGAACAACAAUUGGGAAAUCUACGAAGGUCUCAUAGUGGAUACGAAGGAUGGUGGAAUUGGUUUCAGGAACCACACCAUACCUGCAACACAGUUACUAUAUGGCGCAGUCUGGUCCGAGGAUAUUCUCUUUAUCGAGCCUGAAACCGAGUGUGUUGACAGGAACAUUACUGUCAAUUUUCGCAACUUAACUCAAAGAAGUUACACGGGUGAUUUUGUAAACAUCAGUGUUGUAGAUCGCGGCGGAUUCGUGAAUUUAAGCAGGGAUGCCCCGUGGUUCGAUAAAAACAAAACAUGGGAGAAUGCGAAUCUGAGAGACAGAGCGUACUACUCUGCAUGGUGGAGCAAUGUUUACACCAUGUACUUUCUGAACGUCACGAAUCCAAAAGAGCUGGGUUAUCCCAAUCGUUUUCAUUACUUGAAUUCCAGCUUAGGGGCCAGAUUUCCUGUGGACAACGGUGCAGUCGGAGAAGAUUUCAGCCUUCGAUAUGAUCAGCUGAGAUUGGGUGACCAAUUUGGAUUGUUUUUGAAGAUGAAUACGGAUUAUAAUGGGACAGCUAGAAAUGGCUCUUCCUACGCAAACCCAUACCAUAUCUCGACCGCGAAUUUCACGAACAUCGAGGACGCGUGCAAGGGUCAAUGGUAUUCAGACCAUGCUAACAUCUCUAGCGUUGCCAUUACAUGCGGCUUCGUCUACGGUACACCUAGAAGAAUUGACGGUGGCAAUCCGAUGGAAAAUGUUCCAGAUGCAGAGUGGUCGAGCCCUCUUUACUCAUGCGCGUCCGCUGCACGAGCAUCUAUCAAAACUGUCUCAUUCGGCUUUAAUGGCACGAACGAUUUGAAAUCUCUAAGGAUUUUAGAUAUCCAGCCAAAACGGUACAAUUCCGUGAGUGAAAUGCCACUCUGGGCAGUGGAAAACACUGCGUUGAGAGUGAACUACGCCCCGCCGAUAUGGGGGAUUACGGUUCCGGAGUUCGAAAACCAUACAAAUAUCUCGACGAGUCGACAAGACCACCUCUAUCUUCCCGGGUACUCGGAUCGCUUCGGACUCAAACCCUUCCAAGAGAAACAGAACCUUGCUGGUGUAGAUUUCUACCACAACAUCAUGGCCUUAGUAUACGGAUUAGAAUACCCCCAAGACACAACCGAUUUUCCCAUGCCCGACUACUCUGGGCAGACGAACUUUGGCCUGUUCACGAGAUGGCAGGAACUUUCAGCCAACAGCACAUCAGCAAGACAGAUUGUCAAUCUUUUGUGGACGGAAAUCAGUGCGAAUGCCGUCGUCGGUACCAGGGGACAGCUAUCCAAGGACCGAUUGCAGGAGGCAGAAAGCCCCGCAGGCGGCGACGUACCUUCAACAGUCAUGGUUCCGGUCAGAACAAAUGCCCGGACGAUCCGUUUUAAGGUACUGUACGGCGUGCCAGCGUUUAUUGUCCUCGCACUACUCGUCGCAAUUGCCUUACUAGCGUUGGUCUUCGUACUCAUCGGGCGUACAAGGCUCUCCAAGCUUCAAAGGUUUCUAGACGAGACAUCUGCCGGUCGAAUCUACACAAAAUUCUUAUACAUGGAUGACUACCCACCGAACUCACGGCAUACUGUGUGGCUGCAUGCCGUUGGAAAGAAGCGCGUGGAUAUUAGCGGUUCUUAUCCUCAUGCAGCUGAAGCUACUGCCUCGCUCAUGGAGGACCACUCUGCGAGCGAUCGUAAAUGA